GGAACCGGCACCGGCACCGGGACCCGACACCGGAACCGGCACUAACACCGGGAACCGGGACCGGGCCGAGCCGCUGGGGGGUCUGUGUGAGCACUGAUGUGGCUGUCACUGCCUUGAGGGACCCGUGAGGAGUUUGAAAUCUGCACUGUCUGAAGCUCUGUCAGUUUGAAAUCUUCACUGUCUGGUGCUCUCCAUCUGUGAAUGGCUGCACCCUCCUGAACUUCCAUCCCUCCCACCUUUCACCUCAGGAUAAAGCUCAGGUACUGUGCUUUGAGACAGCUGGCAAACCUUCCCAGAGCCAUUGUGCCCUUAAUGGGCUACACAUUUAUGUGUAUAUUAUCAUGUGUUAUGAAUAAUGUUAUAACUUUUUAUAUUCAGGAGUAUUUAGAUCUUAGUCUUUACAUUUUAUUAAGUAGCUAUUGUACUCUGGGGCUGUUGUCCAGACUUUGCACAUGACAUUUCUGUAGAUUAAAAUGAAUGAGUUGCUUGUUUAAAAGCAUAUUGUCAUGAGCUAAUUGUAUUUUUUUCAUUCAAGAUGUUUACACAUUUUCUUUUUCUCCCUCCCUCUCAGUUUUGCUUUGCAAAGCAAGUUCCUGCAGAAAAGGAAGACGGGAUCUCAUUUCCCAAGAGGCUGUUGAGUCACACAUCACAUGGAGAGCCCCUGUUGGAUGUCCCCCUGCUCCUUGCCCUCAUCUUUGGUGACAUCCUGGUGACUUCCACUUCCUGCAGAAGGGGACCUGGCUGAUUCCUGCCCAGCCUGCACACCUGUGUGCCCCAUUUCCCAUUCACAGUUGUGUCUUCAGGUGUACUGAGAAACCAGUGGGAGCUGGAGGUGCUCUGGCACAACGAUUCCUGCCAGCCAUGUCCCCAGCUGAGCAGGUCCCACAGCCCUGUGCCCCAGGGCUGUGCCAGUAGCCACACUGGGGUUUGCUGAGCCACAGGGUUCAUGUUGAGUGUGUUGUGUUUUAGGGUUUUGAGGAAAAUGCAGAGGCGGCACAGCAGCAACACCGACACCGUGCCUGCUGAAAGGAGCCGCGUCCCGGUGAGCUCGGAGGGCAGCGUGGCCGAGGGCGGCGUGUUCGAGAGCCUCAAGGCGGAGGGCGCGGCGGCCGCGCCGCUGUUCCCGGGGCUGCCCGCGGGCUCCAUCCCCGCGGGGCUGGUGCUGGGCUCCGCGGCCGGCGGCGCCGAGCUCUUCCUGCCGGUGGCGGAGGGCGGCGGGCGGCCCGAGGGCGGCGCGUUCCACGGGCACGGGCGCGGCCCGGCCCACGCGUUCCACGGGCAGCACCGCGGCCCCGCGCUGCUGCACAUGGCCGGGGAGCGCCACGGGCACGGCGAGGAGGGCGCGGACGAGCCCGCGGGCGCGCCGGCACCCGCGCUGUGCGAGCUGCGAGCGCUGCUGGGCUGGCUGCAGAAGGGGCUGCCCUUCAUCCUCAUCCUCCUGGCCAAGGUUUGCUUCCAGCACAAGCUCGGAAUUGCUGUGUGCAUUGGCAUGGCCAGCACCUUUGCCUAUGCCAACUCCACACUCCGAGAGCAGGUGGCUCUGAAGGAGAAGAGAUCAGUGCUGGUUGUCUUUUGGAUCCUGGCCUUUCUCACUGGAAACACCCUCUACUUGCUUUACACAUUCAGCUCUCAGCAGCUUUACAACAGCCUAAUAUUCCUGAAACCCAACCUGGACAGGCUGGACUUCUUCAACCUCAUGUGGAUUGUGGGCAUUGCAGAUUUUGUGCUGAAGUUCCUCACCAUUGCCCUGAAGUGCCUGGUGCUGGCCCUGCCCAGGGUCAUCCUUGCUGUCAAGUCAAAGUUCCAUCUCUUCAAGUCUGGUCAGAGACAACUUGGCCUGGAUGUGGCAGCAAUUCCAAAUUCUGUUCUUGGAUCUUGGUGCAAAAACCUUCUUCAGGUGCACAUCAUGUUUCCUGCCAGAGAUGGGUACAGCACAUUAAUUUCCAUAUUCCUCCUGAAACUGCACCUUUUUCUUGUCCUAAGGGGAAAACAAAAAGGCUCUUGGAGCAUGUGAGUCCUCUAAAAAUACAGAAGCAAUAAAAGCUCACUGAGAGCUGGCUCAUAGAUGAUUAAUGAAAAACACCCAGGCAAAGGUGUUGCUGGUCCUUUCCUGUGCAAUGAGGGAUUUAUUGCUGCUCUUCCCUCCCAGUGCUGCUGGAGAGGUGAUCCCAGGCAGGUGAGAGCCCCUCCCUCAUUCCCCUCUGCUCCUGGCCCUGGGGAGCUCACUCAGAGGCAGAUUCACCCUCCAUGAGCAGCAGUCUGAGCUUGGAUCCUCCUGAGCCACAGGAGCUCCAGCGUGUUCUGCAAAGGCUUUUCCUUUGUGCUGUCCCACAGUCAGAAGUGUGGGAUUUAUUAUUUACAAAAUUAAAAGCUAGCUGAAGCCUGAGAGCAGGUGCUGAGCAGUGGGGACUCCUCUGUCCCCCUCCCUAAACCUGCUUUGCAAUCACUGCUGCUGAACUUCUUAAAAAUCAUUUCUCUUCAGUGCUGUCCCAGUUUAACUUUCCAGUUUAGGAUACAAAAGAUGUGAUUUUCUGAAGUCUUGUGCACUAGCUAAAAUUCUCAUUUUCCCCUCUAGUCCCCCCUUGACCUUGCUCCAUGCCUCCUGAUGGAUUCUCACCGUGGUGCCCCAUGCCACCAGGCUGUUUGCUGUGUCACUCUGGGAGCUCUCUCUGCUUUACUGCUCCUACCCCAGACCUGGAACCCCAGCACAGCCUGCUCUCCUCUGAUCCAAACUGCCAGCAGGUCUCCAAAGCUUUUUCUGAGCAUCUCCCAGUUUCAGAAUAAGCCCUAGAGCUGCUGGCAGCUGAACCAGGGG